CUGAAAACAGGGGAGAUCAAAAAAUUUCUGUUCAAAAUAAUCCUAUAGAGAAGAUUAUCUAAAUCCACCAAAUCUCUGCACCGCCAAUGCUGCUAUUCAAUUCCUCUCUCUUAUGUACAUCUUCUUCUUCCCCAACAACGGUUACUCUCUCUCCAUCAACGACCUCUAAACCCCUUAACCUGCGCACACCCUGCCUUAUUCUGCGCCACUAUUUCCAACGGCCACUCCCUUCUUCUUCCCUCAUCACCAGAACCACUUUCACGCGCGUUCUCCGAGACUCACUCACACAGCAGCACGUGUACCCUGACCCAAUCCCCGAAUUCGCUGAAUAUGAGACACGCAAAUUCAAAGUUGAGCUCUUGCAGAAGCUUUCGGAGGAUGUAGACGAGUUCGGGGAUGAACUUGAUGCGGUUGUUGACGUUUGUGCUCAGAUAUUCAGCAAGUUUUUGCACAAGGAGUAUGGAGGUCCUGGGACAUUGUUGGUGACACCAUUCACGGAUAUGUUGGUUGCUUUAAAGAAAAAAAAACUACCAGGAGCAUCUCUGGCUGCUAGAGCAUCACUAUUAUGGGCACAAAAUCAUGUUGAUGAAGAUUGGAAAGUUUGGAACUCAAAAUUAAACUGA